UCCCUCGACGUUUGCCAUCGCGUCUCAACGAAAUUUUGAGAUGAAAAAUCGAAGCGAAGAUGGAUCCAGUAUGAUUGGUGUUUAUCGACGAUCAGAUGGAUCAAGCAGCAUUCUUUCAUUUAAUGGAUCAGACAUUAGUCGUCAAAGUACAGAUCAAACUAAGCAAGGUCAUCAGAGUUUAGUAGAGUGGUUAAAUGAGACACUUCCUUAUUUGAAUUUACCAUGGGAGGCUUCAGAAGAAGAAUUGAGAGCAUGUUUGAUGGAUGGUACUGUCUUGUGCAAUCUCUUAAACCAGCUUAGUCCCGGUUCAAUGCGAAUGGGAGGUAGCUUUGAGCCUGGUUGUGUAAAUAUUGAGAGGUUUUUGGCAGCUAUGGAUGAAAUGGCACUGCCAAGAUUUGAGGUUUCAGACUUAGAACAGGGCGAUAUGAUACCAGUUUUACAGUCUCUUAAGGCGCUUAAAGCAAGCUUCUCUGAUGAUAAGAAUACACUUUUUGCAAGAAGAAGAUGGAGUUUGCCUGAGGAUCAUUCAAAGGGAGUUGAUACUAACUUUAAUGAUGCAUCACAGUUUAAGGAAGCAUCUGAUCAGAUCAAUAAAUCUCAUGCUCAAAUUUCAGACUUACUAAAAUCAAAUAGUUUACAAAAUACUUCUACCAGGUCGUUGUUCGAUAUGCUCGAUAAGCUUCUUGAUGAGAGCCCACAGAAGAUGAAUGUAACUCAUGCUUUUGCAUCUAUUUUGAGAGGCAUUGUGCAAGUUGUGGAGCAACGGAUCUCAAAUCAAGCUGAAAAUUUAAAGAACCAAAAUAUACUCUUUAGGGUCCGUGAGGAAAAAUAUAGAUCAAGAAUAAAUGUAUUAGAAACUUUGGCAUCUGGUACAUCAGAUAAGAAUGAGGUACUUAUUAUCAAUUUCAUGCAUCUAAUGUCAGAGGAUCAAGAUGUCAUGCAGCUGAAAAAGCAAAAACAACGUAGUGACGCUGAAGUUUCUAACUUGAAGCGAGAACUUGAAAAUGUGAUAGAGACACAAGAAAAACAGUUUUUGGAACUAAAACUAAAUGCUCAAAAAGCUAGAGUUGAGUUGGAGAAACAAUUGAAGGAUUCAGAGUUACGUGUAGUAGAAGCAAAAGAACUUGAGAAGUUAUGUGAAACAGAAACUAAAAGAUGGGAGAAGAAAGAGGAAACAUACAAGAGCUUUAUAAACUACCAGACAGAGGCUUUGCAGGAGUUGAAAGCUACUUCUAUGUCUUUAAAACGUGAAGUUCUAAAGACAGGAGAGAACUACUUCCAGGAUCUAAAUUACUAUGGUGUAAAGCUCAGAGGAGUGGCUCAUGCAGCAAAAAAUUACCAGUUAGUCGUUGAAGAGAAUAGAAGACUUUACAAUGAAGUACAAGAAUUAAAAGGAAAUAUCAGAGUGUAUUGUCGGAUAAGACCAUUCCUACAAGGGCAAAACAAGAAACAAACGUCAAUACAGUACACAGGUGAGAAUGGUGAACUUGUAGUUGCAAGUCCCUUAAAGCAAGGCAAAGAUACACAUCGGUUGUUUAAAUUCAACAAAGUCUUUGGCCCUGCAUCAACUCAAGAAGAAGUUUUCUUAGAUACUCGACCUUUGAUCCGAUCCAUUCUUGAUGGCUACAAUGUGUGUAUAUUUGCUUAUGGUCAGACAGGUUCUGGAAAGACUUAUACAAUGAGUGGACCAAGCAUAACUUCAGAAGAAGAUUGGGGAGUUAACUACCGAGCUUUGAAUGACUUGUUCCACUUAACUCAAAGUAGACAAAACUCAGUGGAAUAUGAAGUUGGUGUUCAAAUGGUUGAGAUUUACAAUGAGCAAGUUCGUGACUUGCUUUCUCAAGAUGGUCCAAACAAAAGACUUGAGAUUUGGAAUACUACUUUACCAAAUGGCCUAGCAGUUCCUGAUGCAAGCAUGCAUUCUGUAAAUUCAACUGAAGAUGUUCUUGAACUGAUGAAUGUUGGGUUGAUGAAUAGAGCUGUUAGUUCCACAACCCUUAAUGAAAAGAGCAGUAGAUCACACAGUGUUGUCUCUGUUCAUGUACGCGGUGUUGAUGUCAAAACCGAAUCCGUCUUUCGUGGAAGUUUACAUUUGGUUGAUCUUGCUGGAAGUGAGAGAGUUGGUCGCUCUGAAGUAACCGGAGAUAGACUUAAAGAAGCUCUACAUAUAAACAAAUCACUGUCUGCUCUUGGAGAUGUUAUAUUCGCUCUAGCACAUAAGAAUCCUCAUGUACCUUAUAGAAACAGCAAGCUAACACAAGUCCUCCAGAAUUCUUUAGGAGGACAAGCAAAAACUCUUAUGUUUGUGCAGAUCAAUCCUGAUGAAGAUUCAUAUGCUGAGACUGUAAGUACUUUGAAAUUCGCGGAAAGAGUCUCUGGUGUCGAGUUAGGUGCAGCUAGAAGCUAUAAGGAGGGACGAGAUGUUAGACAACUCAUGGAACAGGUAUCAAACUUGAAAGAUAUGAUAGCCAAGAAAGACGAAGAACUUUUGAAGUUUCAAAGUAUGGGAAUGCCAAAACGUGGAUUAAGCAAACUAAGAAUUGGCUCUCCUCCUAGAAGACAUUCUUUAGGAGGAGAUUUAACAAAUUCUCCAAGAAAAAGACAAGGAUCUGGUUUACUUGGCAGAACAACUUCAGAUUCAGCAGAUGAACGACGACAUCAGAAUGAACCCCGAUCACCGUCUAAGUUAUCUGGUGGGGCUAAAGACAGUAAUAUAAUUGAGGAUAUUGAACUAUUAGGCAUUGAAGAUUCAGAUAAUGAGGAAAGAUUGAGUGAUAUCUCUGAUAGUUGUCUUUCAAUGGGAACAGAAACUGAUGGCUCGAUUGGUAGUGGUGCGAUGGAGUUGGCUCUCUUCCCUGAAACCUCAAGUCCUACUAAAAUUUCUGAACAAAUUGAACAUAAUGACAAAUCAGCUAAUGUUGGAUCAUCAAAGCCGCUGAAGCAUACACCAAAACCAGACCAAACCAGACCUUCUCGUUUGUCGAUUUCCAACACCUCGUCUAAGGCUUUAACAAGUUCUAAAAGACCGAUCACCGGCUCAUCGUCAGCAAAACCUCUUAACAGAAAGAAAUGAACAAUAUUUUUUCAAUGACAUUACGC